AUGUCGUCCCUACAUCACGAGAGCCGGAUCCGACCCGGAGAAUUAGAGCUCGCUGUACAGCUUCUCAAGUCAGCCAAGUCACGGCUUAUUUUCGUUGGGAAAGGAGCUGCGUAUGCUCAAGCAGAGGUUGCUAUUCGGAAACCAAUUGAUCAGACCAAGAUUCCAUUCUCACCAACACCAAUAGGUAAAGGAUUCUUGCCAGAUUCGCAGUCAUCGAAUGCUGCUUCGGCAAGACAUGCAGCUUUGGAAGGCGCUGGUAUUGUCUUGGCUCUGAGGGCUCUUGAUGCGAGACUAAACUGGAUCCUCCAUCAUGGCGAAGAGCCGAAAUGGAAUGCAGCAGUCAAGAUCAUACAAGUGGAUGUCUCCGCUAAAGAGCUAGGGAAGAACAAUGGUGAUCCAGCACUAGACAUUAUUGCAAGCGAAUCCAGGAAUGAAGCAGUUGCCGUCAAAGCAGCAAAAAGAGACUCCAUUCCCAUGAACUACGCAAGAGUAUUCAAUGUGAUCGAGACCCUUCAUGAGAUCUCGCCGCCUGAAGAUGGCAACAUAGUCUACGUCUCGGAAGAAGCCAACACGAUGGACAUAUCCCGCAGCGCCUUUUCCGUCUCACAUCCCCGUCUCUGUCUCAAUGCUGGCACCUACCCAAAGAUGGGCGAAUUCGUAUACUUAGAACGUGACUCCGCAUUUGGUUUCUCACUGGCGGAAGUUGAGACCAUGGCCCGGAUUCAGAUACAUGAUUACGGAUGCAGCAGAAUACCAUUGAAGGCAGCGCUACAGGUGGUCUCAGGAGCUCCAAGGAGCUUGGGUCGGGAGGUUGGGUGUCAGGAGAUUGCCCAGAUGUGCGGGGGUAAGUGGUUUCUGAGUUUCAUGGCCAGCGUUCCGGUUGUGUUGAAUGUAAUUAUUGAGUCUAGGAAGACGCAGAAACUUGGAUUUGCUUGGCAAAACAGUUCGAAGAAGACAAAGAAGGGGGAAGCGAAGCUUUGA